AUGAUAGGUGCUGAUAAUGAUACAGGCAUUUGUGGUUUUCUUUGGCCAACAUGUUCUCGUCUUUUACGAUGCAAUUCCUCGGACAAUUCAUGUCUUCAACCAAAUACCAUUUGUGUUCACCACCCUCAAUGUGAUGAUUUUCCACUUUGCUAUCCAGUUACAAUGAUUGAUCAAAAAAUGUGUCCACCAAUUGAAAACAAGAUUAAUCUUAAAUGGAAACAAAACGGAAUAACGAUUGCUGGAGGAAAUGGAUUUGGAGAUGGAUUAUAUCAAUUACAUGCGCCUUGUGGUAUUUAUGUUGAUAAUGAUGAUGAUGAUAGUAUUUAUAUUGCCGACAGUAACAACCAUCGUAUUGUUAAAUGGAAAUUUGAUGCAGACGAAGGUGAAAUAGUUGCAGGUGGAAACGGAAGAGGGAAUGCAAUAGAUCAAUUGAAUUCUCCGGUGGAUGUAAUUCUUGAUACAGAGAAGAAAUAUAUCAUCAUUUGUGAUUAUCGCAACAUGCGGGUGAUGCUAUGGUCUCGUCAAAAUAAUCAUAAUCAAAAAAUAUUGAUAAACUAUAUUCUUUGUUGGGGUUUAGCAAUGGAUAAUAAUGGAGAUCUUUAUGUUUCUGACUGGGUAGGGCAUCAAGUCAUGCGCUGGCAAGAAGGAUAUACAGCAGGUACAGUUGUAGCAGGCGGGUCUGGGCAAGGAAAUCAGCUUAAUCAACUCAAUCAACCUAAGUAUAUCUUCGUCAAUGAAUAUUAUUCAAUUUAUGUAGCGGAUGGCACAAAUAAUCGUGUGAUGAAAUGGAUGAAAAAUGCAACUGAAGGCAUUCUUAUUGCUUCAGGUCAAGUUUAUGAAGAAAAUCACAGUUCAAUGACUGAGCCCAUAGGUGUAAUUGUUGAUCCUAUGGGUAAUAUUUAUGUGUCGAGUGCGGAAAGUCAUCAAAUAACACGUUGGUCUCCAGAUGCAAUAGAAGCUGUUUCUGUCGUUGGCGAAAAACAAUCUGGAAGCGAAUCCACGCAACUCAGAUAUCCAAGUGAUUUAUCAUUUGAUCGAUAUGGUAAUCUUUAUGUUGUCGAUAGAGACAACCAUCGAAUACAAAAAUUUCUGAUUGAUCUUGACUGA